AGCCAGAGCGGUCACUCCGCACGUAUGGUAGAUACUCCGAAAGCCGACUGAUGCUACCAAUGCAUUCUUCGUCGCCACCGAAAGCUGGCUCUUCGGCAAGCGGUGGGCAGAAGAAAACUUGGUCGAAUACAGACACUACAAAGUUUGCCACUAGGGAGCAAGAAGAGACUCGUAGUCGCUUCUUCGCUUCGUCGUCUGUUAAGCCUUCGGGCGCAAAUAGACGGACGAGGGCGAACCCCACCCCUGAGUAUACUGCCGUUCUCUCAUCUCCAGAAGAGGAGAAAAGAAUUGCCAGCGGAAGUGCAUUCAAGAAUGCGAUCGACCUGACUAAUGAUUAAAGUCUUGUGCCUGAUGACGCUGAGGGGCCAAGAAACAUGGGGCUAUGAAGGAACGACGAGAAAGAGCUUGAUGAUUUUGUGCUUCAAGUGGACAACACAGAGCCAGCUGCCCCCCAAAGAGACAGGCUAUGAUUUGAUCAUGGCCAGGGUGUUUUCAGGGGCCAGCCUCUUCACAUGUUACCCAUUCUUUUGUUAUUUUGUCAUCUGUCUUCGUCGAGGUUUUGAUGGAUCAUGGCAUGAUUUGGGACAAGGAAGCAUUGCAAUGGCGCCCCAUGGGUAGGGGAGCAAAGGAGUCACAACGGACACAUGCCCGCUCGCACCUGCAUAGACAAAUCUGCUUCUAAUACAACGAACAGGUGACAUGAUUAC